UGCAAAAUGGCGGCCGACCGAGGUUAAAUUUUAAAACAUGUCAGGAAAUUCCCCUUCACCCACUCCAGAACGGGCAAUUUAUGGAUUUGUACUAUAUUUAGGCACCUAUUUUGGAAUUGGCCUGUAUUUCAUCUGGGCUUGUGUUCCAGAAGAGUGGCUUCAUAGUGUUGGAAUAACCUAUCUUCCCCAAAGACUCAACUUCUUAACAUCUAAGAAAAUUUUCUCAAAGGUUUGUUCCGAGACUAUUCACUCAAUGAAAUUGAUGUUCUUUGUUUUUACAGAUAAUCAUGCUCGAUAUAUGGAUGGCAAAUUGAACCCAGUUCCUCCUGGAUCAGUUCCACCAUUGUAUGAUAUUCCACUCAGCCAAGUGAACAGGGUUCUCUACAAAGACUGAGAAGAAAAGCAAGGAUUUGUAGACCACAGAUAUUUUUUGGUCUUUUCUUAAGUCCUGAACAACCUGUAAAUCUCCAUGGAAUGUAGAGUUCAAUGGUCAAUAAAUUUAAGGAAAAAGACUACAGGGGAAAAAAAAGCAGACCCCAUAAUUUUCCCAAAAUGUUUUUCCCACAUUUACUGUAAAAUAACCCUGCAUUUAGUGAAGACCUCUGUUAAGCGGAUGCAGAC